AUGUCGCGAGAAAUGCACCCAUCCGCCUCCGCCUCCGCCUCCGCUUCGUACUCGCCCAAUGUCGUAACCAUAAUCGAACGACGACCCAAAACAAUACUGAAGCCGAGACCCAAGAGCGAUUUCAGCUCUCGACUCGUGCAAAUUUGGCCGAAAGACCCGCAGCCAGGGAACCCGGAGCACUGGUCGGCAUGGCGGCGCUGGAAGGAUGUCUUCACGGGCAAGGGGCCGGAUAUCUAUGUUGAGCGGGAGCGGCGCACGCAGACGAGGACCCGACGAUGUAGCUAUAGCUACAGCGAGAGCCAAAGGCACGGCGACCGCGACAACGGGCCGUACAGCGAUAACUAUGUGCACAAGGAGGUGCGCUUCGACUUGGAUGAGAGGUCGCCGAGGAGCAGCAGGUCGCCGUCGCCCGGCGGUUUCCACAUCGGACGGCCCGGCGGAAUUCGUGGUGGCCCUUCUGGUGGAAAUGCAGGCGAGCUGACUCCGAGCCGGGGAGACGGAUACGCGAACACGGGUUGGUCGUUGUGGCACAAGGAUCAUUUGAAAUGGUGCAGGGUCCGAAAUUGCGAUGUGUGCGAGCAGAUACUAGAGCAGGAGCGGAAGGACAACGCGUUCUUUUGGGCACGCCGACCCAGCGACGACCGCUACGACCAUCGGACGCGGACGUAUGGAAUUCCGGAUUUGGGGACUUGGUCAGGGAAGGUGUACUGUGAUGAUCCGUCGCAUGUGGUUCCUAGACAAUACUGGGAUAAGGAUAGGCGGGCGUUGCCGGAGAAUCUGUAUCAUGAUAUAGUACACGGCGCUCAUGAGGACCGGAGGCAAAGGCGGCGGCGUGUCAGUCGGUAUGAUCUUUUCCGCUAG